AUAAAGGAAGUUUGCUUUGCGCGCUUUACUCGAAUCGCUUAGUGGUAAAUGUUCAACUGCCCAGGCAAAGGUCCGGCUUAUGGUUUAGUUGGCUAGUAAUCUUACGGGAACGUUCUAGUUAGAGACGGUUAUGAACUAUGAUGCAGAAGUUAUUGAAUUUAGAGUCCCCACCGAAAACAACAAAACAUUGUUUAUAUGUGGAAUUCUCCCAACCUUUUCAGAAGCAUACAUUUACGAGUCGCUCUGGAAUAUUUUCUCGGAAUUUGGCGCCCUCUACUGGCUGAAAGUGGCUCCGAACGCUACGGUUGCACUGCCGGGAUUCUACGCGAUUGUCAAAUUCUACUCGGCGGUACAGGCCUUUAGAGCGCAAAAGGCCACGCAUGCGAAGGGCCUGUUUCAGAAAUCACCCUUGAAGGUCCAGCUGUGCACCAGACGGAGCUCAACCAGAUUUCACGAUGUGAAAUUGCUCAGCGUCAGCAAAUGCCAGGAGCUCGCCAGUUAUUACCUUGGCUUUAAUGGAUGGACCAGUCAAGUUAUUACGCUAAAAAACAUUUCUGGCAGUGACGCUGGGGAGCUGCAGGUGAAUGCGGACUCGCAGAAGCCUGCACUGAAGUACGGCUGCGUGGUGGGACUCAACUUCCCCCACCACGGAGUGGCCUGUCGAGGUGUUGGAAUUGCCGAAGAGGUCUUCGAGGGCAGCCCAGAGGAGGUCGCCAUGAAAAGGGGCCUGCUGCCGAAAAGGGCCCGGGACCGAGCCAUGAUGGACGCCUUCGGAAAGGUUUUGCUGGUAGUUUUAGGAAAUGGAAAGGUUGUGGUCGAUUGCAAGUUAGAUGCAGAUGACAUCACAUCCGAUGGAGAUUUGGAAGGGAUGAUCAAGGUUAACGACGUGUCCUGGGGCAUGGAUGAGGACGAGGACUUUCCUGAUUUCACUCUGAAUUUCUGAGAUUUGUCCUGAAGCAGAUCAACAGAUGAUCUAUAUCAAAAUUGAAAGUGACAGUUACGAGCAGAUUAUUUUAUUUUAUUUCUAACAUAUUGGCAUGAUAUGAUCUUGUGCAAUUUAUUAGCUCCAUGUGUAUACAUUUUAAAUAUGUAUUAUAGGACCAGUUUGUUUAUCAGCUGGUUUGUUAAAGUUGAAAUCUGUUCAUUUUUAUGAAAUCUAUACCUGGGAACCUCAUUUGUUUUCCAUUGAAAUGUGAACAUCUUGGCCUGAACAGAAUUAGUCACAUGUACCACAGUCAACAUUGUCUUUCUUGACACAUUCAAAUGUAAUUUUUUUGUCCUGUGUUUGUGAAGUAUAUUAAUAAACAGUACCUCCUA